AGGACAACAGGAGAAAAUAUCGUGAGCUUCUGUUUUCCACGGACGAUUCCUUGAGCCAAAAUAUCUCCGGUGUCAUACUUUUCGACGAGACAACGAAACAAAAAGAUAAGAAUGGCACCCCUUUUCUCCAGAUUUUGGAGCAAAAAGGCAUCAUUCCUGGAAUUAAGGUGGACAAAGGCGUGGUGCCUCUGGCGGGAACCAUCAACGAGUGUACCACGACGGGGUUGGACGGCCUCAAGGAGAGAUGCGACGAGUACAAACGGAUGGGCUGCCAUUUUGCCAAAUGGAGAUGUGUUCUGAAGAUAACGCAGUACACGCCUUCCUAUCUGGCCAUGCUGGAGAACGCUAAUGUGCUGGCCAGGUACGCGUCUAUUUGCCAGCAGGCUGGUCUGGUCCCCAUUGUAGAACCGGAAGUUUUGCCUGAUGGCACACAUGACUUGGGCAUGUCGCAGAGGGUAACGGAGGAAGUCCUAGCGUUCGUCUACAAAGCUCUGGCCGAUCACCACGUGUACCUAGAGGGAACCCUCCUCAAACCGAACAUGGUCACUGCAGGACAGGGCUAUACAGGAGCCAAACCAUCUGUCCUCUGCGGCGGCCAUGGGCCCUAACCUUCUCUUACGGCCGAGCGCUGCAAGCUUCCGUCCUACUGGCCUGGGGAGGCAAGGACGAGAGCAUCAAAGCAGCCCAGGAACAGCUUCUCAAAAGGGCAAAGGCAAACGGUCUGGCGUCAGUCGGCGAGUACACCGGAGGAAUGGCCGGAGUGGCUGGGGAAACGUCUCUGUUUGUUGCCAACCAUGCCUACUGAGCUACAACAGAAUAACAUUGCAUCUUGUGACUUCUUGCAUCCCUUUUGGAACUCUUACAAAUCUCCCACUCGAUAUCUUGGAAAUAUUAAACAGAGUCUACAGACUACACCUCUGUUAACUAAACGAUGUCUUCAGACUCCAAAAUAUUACUUGGCGAGCCUUUAAACAUGUUGAUAUACUUGCCGAAUACAACGACUGAUUAGCUCGCGCUGUAUCUUUAAGUGGUUCUUCAAUAAAAAUGCAGAAAGGGA